AUGUCGGGGCUGGAGCCCCUGGCCGCCCUUGGGCUCGCCUGCAACGUUUUUCAAGUCGUCAGCUUUGCCGGUGAGAUCUGGACCGUCUGCAAGGCCCUCUACGACGAUGGGGAAGUGCGGCUCGGAGACUCGGACAUCACAGGAAGCCUCGACGGUGUGGUAGAUAGCCUCAACCGCGCGUUCCACCAGGUCGAGUCAAGUGUGACAACAAUACCCUCAACAUCAUUGACUGAUAACGAUCGGGAGAUCAUCAAAAUCGCUCGAGAAUGCAGGAAUGAAGGGAUCUUCCUAAAAGGAGAGAUCGACAAGUUGAUUGACACCACCCAAACGAAGGGCAGAAGGGGGAAGUCUCUUCUGAAGGCCGUCAAGGUGGUACUAAGCUCUAGAAUCAACGUCAAGAGAUUGGGGAGGUCCGAAAAGACGUUGCGGAUGCACCAGAAGACACUUGAGACAAGACUUCUCCUUCGGAUAUGCGACAAGACGGACGCGGUAAAGCUCUGCCAGCAGGAGAGCUUCAACAACCUUGACUCCAGACUGCGCGCUUUCAUUGCCGCCUUCUCAGAAGGCGAGACGCGGAUUUCGGCGCUACUUAGCCAAGAGUCCAGUUCCAUCAAAAACCACACAACGAUCGAGACCAAGAAACUGGAAACGACCAUCACGCAACUUGCUGCUGAAUCCCGUGCUGGAAUAUCAUACGACAUUAGGAAUCUAGAGGGCUCUUUUGUGCGGUCUACUUUGGAUAGCACGGAGAAAGCUAGGCGGGAACGCCUGCUCAGAAGCCUAAAGUAUGCCACCAUGAAUGAGCGGCGGAACCAGAUUGCCGACCCUCACACUGAAAGCUUCCAAUGGAUCUUUGAGGACCCUCCGAACAGUGAAGCCUCCGAGUUAGGUUGGGACGAUAUCGAGGAUUUCCACGAUGCCAGAAAAAAUGAAGAGGCUGUGAGGCUGGCCUCGUCUAAUUUCCUCUCUUGGCUUGCAUCUCCAGAGCAGCCACUGUUUUGGAUCUCUGGGAAACCUGGGUCUGGCAAAAGCACACUCAUGAAAUUCCUGGUCCAAGAUCCAAGGACCAAACAGCAUCUCACAUCGGGACUGGGCCCGACCCAGAUCCUUUCGCAUUUUAUAUGGAGUGCUGGCCAGCCGAUCGAGGGCAGAAUCAAAGGGAUCCUCUGCUCACUCCUUUAUCAACUCUUCGUAGCGGCCGAACCCAACUCGUUACAGUCGGCCUGUGAGACAUUCCCCGAAAUAACUAGAAAGGACACGCACUCCGACUGGUCGGACAAGGAACUCCAAGCAGUAGUGGAGUUCGUCAUCCAGAGUUCAUCCGUGAACUUGUGCAUAUUCCUUGAUGGCCUCGAUGAGGUGCACCCUUCAGAUGGGCAGAUCAGUUUGUUGAAGCUUGUAAAGGAUCUGUGCAAGCUCCGUGGGCUCAAGGCUUGUGUUUCAAGUCGCCCAGAACCCAUCCUGAAGCGCAAUCUCAACGGCUUGCCAACAUUCCGUAUUCAUGACCUGACGGCGCGGGAUAUACAAAGAUACGCAUCGAGCAUGCUUCUACAGAGGUUCUCAAGCCAUAUCAACAGUCCAGAUUCGAGUAUAUCGGCAUAUGACUUGAAGAAACUUCAUCGCGAGCUAUGCAACCGAGCUGAAGGUGUGUUCUUAUGGGUUGCUCUGGCCCUGAGGAGCCUGCAAGAUGGCUCCGAGAAAGGGGAUAGCCUAGGCGACCUACAUCGGCGCAUACAACUUCUUCAGACAGAUCUCAAAGACUUAUUUGGGACUAUGUGGGAUCGAUUGGGCGUCGAUAAAGAGCUUUACCAGAAAGACGCUGCGAUAUAUCUCAACCUUGUUUUGACCGCAUCAAACAUUAUUGAGCGCGUACCGUGGAGGGAAACUGAGGAUUAUUCCUUCACCAACAGCUUUCCAAUCCUUACCGUCCUCGACGUCGUCUUGGCCACGGACCCUGUCCUCACAGACGAGUUGCUCGCCGCAAAUUCUGACGCAAGGUCUUCCCUCUCUCCGCUGUGCCGGGACCUGGCAAAGCGAAUAGAGUCGAGGGCGAUCGCCUUUUGCGGCAGGAUACGUCAGUGA